CCACAUUCAAAUACUAGCAGUGCGACCUCUCCUAACCUCUUGACAGUUGAAAUGCUACUUCUAUACGUACUUAAUUUUUUUUGCUAUAAUAAUUAAGUCGUAAUGAACAGUAAUUAUUUAAAACGGACUUCUCGUAAGGGCAGAAAGAGUCAAAGAGGUCAGCACCGAGCCGAGCAGCACAUACCAGGAGUGAAAAUAGAUGGCGCUGUUGUCCAUGGUUAGCUAGUGAACGCUACUCGUUUGGACCAUCUUCCAGAACUUUAACCAAAAUAUAAAAUGCUAAAAAUGGUAAUUCCUCAAUUGAGAGUAAAACAAGUGACUCAGAUACAAUCAUGAAGAUCCAGUUUUCCUACAACAGAAGAUCUGCAUGUUUAAUCAUUGAUGGCAGAGCCCAUCUGUGAAUGAAAUCGCUCUGAUUGGCAGCUCAGCUCAGCACCUGAGAAGAGAAACGGAAGUGAGGAAAGUAAAGAACAGCUCAAGUCAAGAAGGCAUGAGACCAAGACAGUUUUGUUGCACAAGCGCAUCACUGUAUUUCAAGGAAAACUCUCACCUGACUGACUCAGCUAGCCCUGAGGCAUGUUGUGUUAAAGAAACACCUAUGCAGGUGGAUCCUACACUAAUGAAUGUAGGGGAUGGAGGCACGGUGAGCAGAGAGAUCAGUGCUCCAAAUAAAGCGUCUGCUAGUAUGGUGGGAAAUCCCCCCCAGACGCUACCCCCUGAGUUUAGAGGAGAUGUUACCCUCAGUCAGCAAAACAAGACCACUCCAACAACAGACUGUAAGACGGCAAAAGCCUGCCUGGACACUAGCAAUUACAACCACAGCCCUGAGCUUUCUUCACCUCAGCAGCCCAACAAUGCACCGACAUCCGGCUCAGCCCUCACCGGCUCAGAGAAGAGAGCAGACAAAAGGGCAGAGGCCCCCAAACUCAAAGCUGAUGGCGCGGGGGUCUUCCCCGCUCCUCAGUGGUCCAGUGGUGUAAAAGUCAGCCGGGAGGACUCACUCAGCCCCUGUCACAGCAAUGUGACGUCCAGUAAGAAAUCACACCCGCAAACACAAUCUGUGCAAAGCGUUCCACCUGGCUUUCAGUGCUCUGCCAUGUAUAAACCAGUCCAGCCUGUUGCCUUCCUUCCUCCCACUAAUUUUCCCUCUCCACUUUGUAAAAUCACUCUUCCACCAGCAUUGGGUCAGAUUGCGGCGUUGAGAGAAGCCACAGCCAGUCAGUUUCAAAAAGAAAUUCAGCCUCAAAGCUCAGGUGUCGGAGGGACACCUCUCAUGCGGACCUAUCCCUAUCCAUUCUCUGUUGGCCGCACUCCAGCUGCAGAGAAAAAAGCUGGCACGUCAUCAUCGAAACUUAAAUCUAACCAUUCAUCUAAUAAGAGCGCCAAAUCUAUGGGAGAGCAUAAAUCUUUAGCCUCAGUGGUAGCCUCACCAGCUAUUGCCCUACCAUUGCAGCACCCGUCAUUAACUCCUGCAGCACCCACCCGCUACACGCUGUCUCCGACUGCUGCCAUUUGCUGUGGCUCUGCACUGGCCAGCAUCACCUCUCAGAGCAGACUGCUGAACCAUGUGGAGAAAAGCAACAGCAUAGACAAGACAACCAUGGGGUCUAUUAAAACGACACCUCCCUCUUCUUCAGAGGACCACACAGCCUGCUCUGUUGAACCAAGAGAUGUUCCUCUUGAUUUAUCUGCUAAAUCAAAACGUCCAAAAUGCAUAAAUGACCCUCCGGUUACAAUGAUUGAGCCUUAUAAUAAUGAGUCAAAUCAGAGAGAUUUUCUGAACUCAAAGAGGACUCAUUCUACUACUUUUAGCUCAGCUGUGCAAUACCCUAUCUUACCUAACACUCACAGAAAUGGAUCUCAUCAAAAGCAAAUAAGCAGGCCUCAGAAUCACCAGGUCCUUGAACCCAAGCCAGCCUGGGGCAAGGGAUCGUCACAAGACUCCAUAAAAAACAUCCCUGGAACUUAUGUCGGCGUGGCUAGCCCCAUACUGGCCUCCACACUACGAGGAAAAGACGGAAAAGGGACUUUUGCAGAUGAAUUUCAGAGUUUUGCAAAGCAGGAGUUUAUAUCUAUAAUUGACCAAGGAGAGCAUCUGGCCUCAGGAGGAAAGAAGCCAUCCUGUCUGAUGAAGGGCAACCAACAUGCUCACGGCGUCAAGCAUGUUAAAAACACCAGCACAGCCAUAACUAAGAACUGUCCCUCUAAAGGAGCCCUAACGACUGCCCUGUCAAGCUCUGCCAGUGUACAGACUCAUCCGAAACCUGGAGCUGGCAAAACAGCGGUGCCAUACUCCACCACUGUUGUCAGUCCAGCUUGGCAACAGCCGUCUCAUCCUUCGCACCAAGCGUCAUCUGUUCAGCGGAAAAUCACGCAAGGAUCUCCAAAGACGAAGGGCACGACAGCUGCAGAGGGAUCUAAGUUUCAGAGUGCCCAUCACAGCCCGUCCAAACCUGAGGAGGAUAAGUGGGAGAGAAUGAAGUCUCCCCUGUCUAACCUCGCGUCCAUCGUGAAGCAACAAGCCCUUGAAACAAUAGCAACCACAGGCGAGGGGAAUACUCAAACUUCACCUGUUGCAUCAAGAAAACCUGAUGUUCUGACCCCACUCACCGGGGGCCAAGACACCCAAUCCAAACAGACAUCUGUUUUUGAAUACCCACCAUACUGGCCAGUGGAAAAAUGGCCCAGUGCACCACCUCAAGGGGAUUCAACUCAAGCUACGAAGAGGCACGAGAAGGCGAACACCACUGAGCCUUUGGAGAAUAAUACCGAGUUAAACACCAGCCAGGGGGAACACAUGGGACUACAAGCCAAGCAAGGCUCCUCAAAGCCUGCCGGCCAGUCUCACCUCUUUGGGAGCAAUGCAUCAACAAAUGGGAACAGGAUGGAGAGCAAACUAGCCCAGGUGUUAGAGGGGGAUACGUUAAAGAAAGAAAGUGGGGCGUCAGACAGUCCUGCCAGUGAAAAACUGGAAGGCAUGGUCGCGUCUAUUCUUACAGGCCAGUGUGCGGCGGGAGGCGACAAGUUUGAGAAGAAGACAAACGGAACCAAAGAGGAGUCGCCAACCAAAGCAAAAGCUGCCGUCGUCAAACAAAAGAAAACCAGUCCUAAGAAGCCAGCGAAGGAGAAGUCACCGCCGGACACAUCAAAGAAGGCUGCAGGAAAGAAAAAGCAAGACACAGAAAACACUCCGACCAAAGUGUCCUGCCAAAAGAAGCAGAAGAAACAAUGUGCACCUGCACUGGAGCAGAGCCUAUCAGCGGGGAAACUUUCUCCACCGAGUAAAGAGCCGACUCAGAGGGACAAGAUCAGUCCCAACAAGGUUGAGCAACCAACCCGCAACAAAUCAGUUACAGAUAGCAGCAGCAGUGCCCAGAGUGUAGAGACUCCCGUGUCUCUCAGCCGCUCUGCUAUAUCCAGUAAGGAGACCAACGUUACAGGGAACUCCUUCCCAAGACUGAGAAGAGGGCGACGGCGAGCUGACGAGGCUCGACUUGAUCUCUGGGGCUUUGCAACGCCUUCCCCUCCACCCCCACAAAUGCCUCCUCCACCAGUAUCCCCGUCGCCCCCUCUGACUCCCACUCAACCCGCCCGCCGUCCAAGAGGAAGGCCUCGCUCAAACCCCCUGCCAGAGCGAGGGACUCAGGGCAAGGGCAAAGCAGCCAGUGCAGACGGUGACACGCCUGCUUCUAAGAAACGCCGGCGGUGUCGUAGCAAAAAGUACCAGACUGGGGAAUACAUCACUGAGAAAGACAAGCUGGAAGACGGAGAGCACCUCGAGGAAUCUGACUCCCUGAGACAGGACAGCGGAGUCCCAGCAGAUCCACAGGCGGAUCAGUGUCCAAGCCCUGUCGCCUGCAGUCCAGAACCUCCCCCACGGAGACCCUCGUUCACUCGCUCGGGGUCGGUCCGCUACCAGGAGAGCGAGGUGUCUCCAGAGUGCAAUGACAAGCCUUCAGGGAAGAGGAAGUUCAAAAGCAAACACCUAAGUGACAACGAUGAGCAGAAGAUUAAGACCAAACGCAGCAGCUUGGGCAAGCGUGCUGCCUCUCUCGCCCUGGAUGAUGACCGUGCUGAUGUUAAAAGAACAGAAAGCCCUCCGCCCACUCCAAAAAGUUUGCCAUCAUCUCCAUCCAAUAAAAAAGGCUCAUCAGGGAGAAACAGAGGCUCAGAGUCUCCUCCCAAAAGGCCCGUUCCUCCGGAGGUUCGACGGCUUAUUGUGAAUAAAAAUGCCGGGGAGACUUUGCUGCAACGUGCUGCACGUUUGGGCUAUCAGGAUGUAGUUCAGUACUGCCUUGAAAAGGACAUCAGGGAGGUUAAUCGGCGCGAUAAUGCCGGUUACACAGCUCUCCACGAGGCGUCCUCUCGAGGCUGGACUCAAAUUGUCCAGAUGCUGCUGAAAUACGGAGCUGAUGUCAACUGUAGCGCCCAGGAUGGGACAAGGCCCCUUCAUGAUGCAGUAGCGAGUGAUAACCUUCCCAUCGUCUGGCUGCUCCUGAACCACGGUGCAGACCCGACUCUGGCCACCUACUCCGGACACACUCCGGUCAAACUGGCACACAGCCCAAGCAUGAAGACCUUCCUCACAGAAUAUUUCACGGACCUGGAAGGCCGCAAAGAACAGGACUCCAGUUUACCCUGGGAAUUCUACAGCAGCUCCUUGUUUGAGACUGACCAGGAGCCGUGCUGGGACUUCCUGCUGUCCGAGCAGAAUCAGGAGCUGGAGGAGGACACUACAGGGAGGACUGACACAGACUCGGACAAAGAUUGUCUUCUGUUUGAGUUCUCCUCCGAGCCCCUCUUACCCUGCUAUCAUGUUCAGGUGUCAUUAACCCAGGGCUUCUGUAACUGGUUCCUCCUGACAGACGUCCUGAAGCGCCUGAAGAUGUCGGCACGGAUCUUCCGGGCACGUUACCCGCACUUGGAGGUGGUGAGUCUGUCGCGCGCAGAGCUGUGGAGGCAGGUGUCGAUCAGCCAGGUGAGCUCCGCUUUGGCUUCACCUUACAAAGGCAAAAAUAAAGAAGAGGAAGAGGAGGAGGAAGAGGAGGGACUUGUAGAUCUGGUGCGAUGUGUACCAGAGCUCCAGAGACUACUGGGCUCCUCCAUUCACAUCCUUCAAGAGGACGAGGAGCAGGAGGAGGAGGAGGAGGAGGAGGAGGAGGAGGAGGAGGAGGAGGAGGAGGAGGAGGAGGAGACAGUGACGAACACAGGGAAGCCUCGCAGCCGAUAGCCUCUCUUUCAUCGCACUCCUCUAACGUGCAAACUGUUGUCAACCCGAGUCCUUCCCUGCAAGCAGCAGCUCAAAGGAAACCUCUCCGUCCGACGUAACGAGGCUCGACAGUAAUGACACUCCACCUAUAACCUUUGACCUCAGACAGAAGGUGAUUCAGUGAUCACAAGGACCUGCACACGGGGGUGGUCGGUGCUGGAAAGCAGCUUUCAGGUUCCUAUCUAUAGGUAUAUUUGAAUACAUGAGAACUAUUGAGCAAACCUUUUGUAUUGAUUAUGUAUGUACAUGGUAGUGUAUAUGUAUAUCUUGCCAUCAGGGUUUAAACAUUUGGUUAUAUAAAUGUAUUCUUGUGGCAAAGGACGAAUUAUGUUUAGGACUUUUUGUUUGUUCCCGAGGGAAAGCGAUAUUUUUUUUUGACGGGAGAUAAUCCGAGACUUUUAUCUUGGUGAACUCUUGCGUAAAGCUAAGACGCUUAAGUCAGGGAGGCCACUGGCCCAGAUGGUUUCUCUGUCAACCUGGGAGACCUGGAGACCUGCAGAGACGAGACCACGGCACAUAACAUUAAUCAUUUCCACUUUUCUUUCACUUCAUCAUCCACUAGAGAUCGUUACCAGACGGAUCAAGUAGCUCACGAUGUUUAUUUUCCCUCCAUGUUUCACACAGUGAGGACGUGCAGCACUGAGCUGCUGACUUCUCUGCUCGCAGUAUGAAAUCAUGUCUUUUUUUUUGGGACUUUGAGAUUGAGAGUUUGUUUACAGAGGUGGACAGAUAGCAGCGUUCUCCACUCCCCAGGUUGCACUCCUCACGAACUGAUACAGAAUCCUGUGGAUCUCUCUCAGAGGAACAGUAGUACCACGUCUGGAGUCCAGAGCUCCUGAGUCCGAGGAGCCGACACGCCCUCUUAACUGCAGCCACGUCCCGAUACGGUGUCCCCCCCAGACCCCAGAGUGCUUUGUGUUGCAGUGUUUUAUUCACACUGUUUGUUGUGCUUAAUUUAAUAGUCAUUAAUAUAUUUGACCUCUUGUGUAUCUGACAAGCCUAUCUAUGAAAAAAAUUGCUUUGUAUGGUUGGUGCUUCAUUUUGAAAAUGUACUUAUUAGGAUCCCUUUAUUCUGAGAUUUUCCUCCCUCAUUCAAGAACAGUAUUUCAAAAAAAAAAAAAAAGCUAAAGUACAGUUUUAUUGUACUGGUGCUAAGACAGAUUUUGUGUUGACAAUCAAUGAUGUUUUGGUUUGAAGUCACAAACUAAUAAAAAGAUAUUUAAGAUGAAGAGACUUAAGGUGUAAAGAAAAGUAUAGUUUAGUUAAAGAAAGCGGGAUACAGCACGACUGAAAGACUGAGCAGUGUGUGAAGAGCCUUUUAUUUGAUUCUUUUAUAAGAAAUCAACAAGAAUAAAGCAUGAUUGUGAAUCAUAGUUAUUAUCUCUUU